AGCUGUCAUAACCGAGUCGUUCUUUGUGCGGUAAAGACGUGUUUUUGCGCUCGCUGGUACGAGGUAAAUGGUGUGGCACCUGCUAGCAUAGCUUCAUAUACACACAUACACAAAGCACGGCUAGUAAAUACAGCGGAAGGAAGAGAGGCUAACGGAAGGUAUUCAUAUUGUAUCCAUACCCGCGCCGGAGUACGGUUGAUAACACAGAGAACGACGGCGGCGGGGGUGGCGGCAUCCAAAACAAAGGUGGCGAUAAAAAUUGUGCGCAAUCAGAUCGCGGUAACCCGUGGGGGACAAAAUCAGCUGGUGGUGAUGCGGUGUGGUUAGUUUUGGGGAAUAACUUUAAUCGGCGUUUCUCGUGUCGCCGGUGUGGUGCCUUAUUGAAAGAAUGUAGAGAUGCGAAGAAGAAUAAUUUGUGGGUGUGUGCUGCGGCUUACUGCCAAAGUGUGAAAAUUUAUGACGAUUUGAUGAAGUGUACGAAAAUUAUUUCUGACAGUUUGCUGGGAUAGCUGCAAGUGUUGUAUUAAUAGUUAAAUUUGUCUAUUAGGCUGGUUUACUUGAUGGAAAGGCAUAUUUAUAGCACAAGGAUUAUCCGUUGGAAAGUAGAGUAGAAUAACAAGUUCAUGAGUGGUCUCUUGUACCUAGGAAAAUCAACAUAACCCCGCCUGGUGUACUAUUCCGCCAGAGGUUUUUUUACAGCUUCCAGAUUGUGCAAAUUACAAAGAUGGAUGGAUCAGAAUGUGUGAAAAACGAGAGUAAUGAUCACUAGGCGAUUAUUGCGUAGACAGUGUGUUAAAAGAUAUUAAAACAACUACUAGUACCAUUGUGGCCAAUAGAUUUAGAAGUAAAAAGUGUCCUUUUGUGGUAUUAAAUCAGUGAUAAAGUGUCUCACGCGUAUGCGCGACAUGCGGAUCUAUCAGUGCCGAAUGGAUUAACCUCAACUAUCGUUUCUUACCGAUUAGAAGUACAGUGAGGCUGGACAUCGCCCCCAAAAUGGCCAACUACUUCGCCUGUUUGGUGAUCCAGCGAUUGGUACUACCGCUGAUUCUGGCAAUAUGUUGCCUGAUGAGGCCGGUAGGACUAUCACUUCCGUAUUUGUUCUUCCUCCUUUUUCUACCGUUUGUGCCAGUAGCAACGCCAAGAAGUAUAAAAGGUUCCACCGGGAUCUAUUUUAAGAUAUACAUCGCACUCAGCAUUUUGCUUCUAGUAGGGCAGAUCACCUUUCAGAUAGUGUUUAUAGUGCUAGGCUACGAGCUGAUCGAAUCAUGUCAGUUUCUGGAAAUGCUGCUGCGACACAUCGGGCUGGUGAAGUUCGGGGAUCUCGAUGCGUCGAUGGUCGUCUACUGGAUCUCUCCAGAGAUAAUUAUGAGCUUCACGGCGGUGAUUGUGUUUGUGAUACUCCGGAAACUGUCAGCCGAAAAUAUCGGAUCAGGGCAGGGGCCGGCUAGUCCUAGCUCGCUGGAAGCACCCGAGAUGCAGUCCUUGCGAUACGAUUCUAAUCCAGUCAGUCGGGAAAAGCUGGCCUUCCUCACAAAGUUUGGCGUCCUGCUCAGCGUGGCAAUGCUCUGCCUGGCAGCCGUUUUGCAACCGUCCGUCCCCAGUGGGAUCUAUUUUGUAAUUUUUUUGGGAUCCGCCACUUGGUGGGCAUGCUACAAAGAAUUGAAUAGAGCAUUUGGAAUAGUUUUAAGGAUAACACUAGUGUUUUUAUUUAUACACAUCACUGGUUUUCUGGCCUACCAGAACCCGUGGCCUCAGCAGCUUCUACCGGCGAACGAAACGCUGGCGCGGAUUUUCGCUCUAACGCCUAUCUUGAGCUCGUCCUGUGACAAUUUGACUGACAUCCGUUACGUGAACUUCGAUAGCGAUCUAGGGUCAGAUUAUUAUUUCAAUCCGGUUGUACUGAUGCUGUGUUACUAUUGUAUAUCAAUCACUUCAUCACUUCUUAUGAAACCAAGAUUGACGGAGAAGGAGCUCAAGCGACAGGAGCUCUUCUACCAGCUCGAAAGUGGAGUCCGUCUGCAGCGGCAGAUUUCGUUUCGCAUGCAUAGAAAGAAUAUCCUCCGCAAGACGCUAACCAGCGACCGGUGGCGUGGAGCUGCGCGUAAGCUGAUGCGCGGCGGAACGCGAAGGGUGCGCGAUGCCUCCUCGUCCGAAGCGCAAAAUUCGCAACAAAAUGAUAGUAUAGCAAUGCAAAUGAUCGGCCGUAAAAAUAUUCCAGACGAGGAAGACUCGACAAGCUUCUUCGAGCAAAUCAUGCUUGCAGUAGGUAAUGUGGCCGGUUUCAUUUACAAGAACAGUUACAUUUUCACCAACGUGAUAAUGAUGACAUGGAGCAUAAUGUUCCACAGUUGGCUAACCUUCGUGUUGCUCAUCUGGGCCAAUUUGAUCUGGAUCAUGCCAAAUCAGCGAAAAAAUAUGCUUAACUCUAGUCCCUUCCUAGUCAUCUACGCAGAACUGUUACUGUUGGCUCAAUAUCUGUACGGAAUGAAGCUCACCGACGAUGAACUGCCGUCCACUGUCAAUAUUACCGGCAUCAAUCUCGCCCAAAUCGGACUGAUCAAGUAUCCGGACUAUCCAUGUUUGCCGCUGAUGCUGAAGUCAAUUUUCACCACCAUGUUCUGGAUUUCGCUGCGGCAGAUGAUCCAGGAGAAGCAGCUGGAGCGACGUACCUCUGCGAUUGCCGAUAUGGCUGCCCCGUUACAGGUAACCGUGGGUGCCGCCACGACGGCUGCGUCCACUUCGGGGAUUGUACCGGAGAAGAAAUCUUCCGCCUUCAUCACCCAUGCCGGCACAAUGAUCAACUCGUUCCUGAUCAAGUUCUGGAUCUGGGUGGUGGCGAUCACGUUGUUCCUAUCCGGCAUGACGGGGAACAGAAUGACCGGUUUUCGGAUAGUGUACAUGGCAUUAUUUUUGAUAUUCGUACUCACAUUCCAGUUUUCAUUCAAAGUUUGGCGUAAAAUGAUGUACGCAUUUUGGCUGACUGUGAUCGUAUACUCCAUGUCCAUCCUAGUGCUAGUCUAUACCUAUCAGUUUGAUAAGUUUCCACUUUACUGGACGGAAUACCUCAAGAUAUCUUCUACCUUGCAAAAAGAUAUCGGCUUAGAAACGUACGAGACCAAACAGCUCUUCCUUCAUCUGGUAAACCCAACCAUGAUCGUCAUCAUCACAGUCAUUCAGCUGCACUAUUGCCAUAAAAAGUUUUUGGAAAUCUCGGAAAUCCCAGUCAUCCAAGAGUCCGACAUCCCCGUGAUAUCGGAAACCAGCUCCGCCUACGGCACCUUUUCGAAGCGGAAAAAACUGAGCAGUACAAACGAAGCUCCACCGAUCGAGAAAGAUCCGGAGCCCAAAGAGGAAGACACCGGUAAACCAUCGAAAAAGAAUGACGAGGGUGACAAUACGUCUGAAAUAUUGGACGACUUACGAUUCCGGAAGCUGUCCAAGCAGGAGAUCAAAGGAUUCGCUCAAAAACUAAUCAAUCGGAUAUCAGAACUGGCUGAAAUCGUGUGGCUGUUCUUCGAAAUUCACCUACUGAAAAUCGUAUUGAUAAUUGCAUUUUCGCUUGGCGUAGAAACGGUUAGUUUGUUGCAUUUGCUGUACAUCUUCAUGACAGUGUUUGCGGUUAAAUCGCACACCACCUCGCUAGUUCUAAUCACCCGGAUAAUGUCACUUAUAUCGUCAAUUUUGCUGAUUACCACCAUGAUGUAUCAGGUGGAUUAUAUAAACGAAAACAACUACAUUAGCGAAUGUCCGAGUAUCGACGUCAAUACGACCCACGUUGAGCUGAACAAUGCUAAGUGGUUCGGAUUUCAGAAGACCGGAGCCGUUCGUAGUUUGGCGACGCUACUGCGACCCUAUUUGAUCUACAUCAUAGUCGUUACGAUUCACGCCGUUAUAGUGCUGAGGCAAACUAUUCGACGAAUCAGACUAGGUCAGUCUCCGCGAACGCCUCAUCUGAUGUUCCCGAGAGUAUCGCGGGCGGACGCAGACAAGGAUAUUCCUCGAAUGAUCAAAUAUCUGUUUAACUAUGGAUUUUACAAGUUUGGAGUAGAAAUCACGCUAGUGUCUUUGAUUGUAGUGAUUGCCUUACGGAUGGAUGUUUUCUCCUGCUUCUAUGCCUGUUGGGUUUGCAUAAUGUUCCACAUGACGCGGGAGAGUGUCCGAAAGGUGUGGCAAAUCAUAACCUGGUUCACCGUUACGCUGAUACCGGUACAGUACGUGAUUUUUAUCGGUCUCCCGCCUGCGUUAUGCGUAGAUUAUCCGUGGCACAUACCAUUUUUGGACCACUUUCGAAUAUGGGCAAUGCUGCCGGAAAACACCGAGGAGUUUCGAGCGCAAGCUUCGAAAAUGGUUGCCGACUUUCUGCUGCUGAUGUUCCUCUGCCGACAGACGCUGGUCUUCCGCAUCGAGUCACGUUACUCCUCCUGUCCGGAUGACUUUGGCGGUGGAAGCAAUCAAUCGGUUCUGAAGGACAUCGACCAGUUGGGUACGGUUCCAUUCGUCAAUCCAACGCCCGAUUUCAUCGCCAAGAUCCGCAACUGGCUUGAUAUAGUAAAGCGGGGUGUUUUCCUCGUGUUUUUCUGGUUUACACUGGCGAUUGUAUUUUUGACUGGUUCCAGUCGAGUAACUUUGUUUUCGAUCGGAUAUCUGAUAGGGUCAUUUACCUUCCUGUGGCAGGGGACAGAUUUCUAUCUCCGUCCGAUCAAAGCAAUAAUAAAAUCGUGGAACAUGCUUAUCGGCUACAACGUGUUUGUAAUAACGACAAAAACGUUGCUGCAGAUGUUGGGCUGCCUGUGCCUCACGCAGUUGACCGCCAACGCCUGUUGGUUGGUUCAGCUGCUGGGAAUAUCGUGCCUGUCCGCACAAGUGGAACCACCAGUUCCUAGUAAUGUCGAACCCGAUCCAGAUGCCGCCCAGUGCAAUGUGCCUUAUGACGAUUCCGGCCUAUUUUGGGAUGGAGUUUGCUUCGCGUUUUUGCUGCUGCAACGGCGUGUUUUAUCGAGUCAUUAUUUCUGCCAUAUUAUCAAUGAAACGAAAGCGAGCACUAUUCUGGCUUCCAGAGGUGCGGAGCUAAUCGAAGAGCUUCGUAUCAAAGAUGUGAAGCAGGAAAUUGAGCGGGAGAGUCAGAUAUUGCAGAAAAUAAAGAUGAAGAUGGAUCGCAUCAAGGCAACGCAGCAGAAGAUUCUAGAACCAGUUCACGAGCCGACUACGCAUGCUAAAGAUCAAGACGGUGAACAAGUGACACGCAUUCAUAGUUUGUCGUCAUAUGCAGGAUAUCAUACGCCAAUUGAAGAUGAUGGCGCCGGAGGUUCAAUGAUUAUUGAAGGCGAGGGGAUAUCUGAUAUUCCCUCCGACAAUGGGGGAUUAGCCAUCGCGAGAGGGUCUUACCAUACGCAGGCACCAUCUCCAAGUUCUGCCCUAAUGACAGUUUCAUUGGACGCCUAUUUGGACCCACAACGAAUGUCAUUUGAGUCACCGAACGAGAUGCUGGGAAGAGUCUGUAGUCCAGAUGAAACGUUUCCUGUGUUUUCACCACCUCCAUGCGAAGUAAUGUUUCCAGUUUUGUUGCUGGAACCAACUCUAUUACCGUCUUUUCAAUAUUUCCAGAAAGAACAACCCGCUCUAGUGAUUCAAACAACAAACACUUUAAACCUUCCGAGUAAAACCGCAAUGCAAACUCGUCAGCACCGUAGACAGUCCAGUUUCAAUGCUGUGUCUUGGCCAAAUCCCAAUGAACUUACCGUUAGUCCGAGAGCACGCCGUCUGUCUAAUACUCUCACCCCGGCCGAAGUAAUUCAUAACUAUUCUUUUCCUGAAUCGUUUAUUUUUCAAAACAGUCAAUCCAAGCUCCCUUUCCAGGAUAAUGUAGAUACGGCUGCAUCACCCCGUUCGCCACGUUCCCCGCGUUCCAUCUAUCGACAGCAGCACCGCCGAAAGUCCAGUAUGGGCACCUCGGUGGCACCGGACGAGCUGACCGUGGACCCCAGCCGGCGUCGGUCGAGUUUUCUGGCUUCCCUCUUCGUAGAUGACGAUAUCACCCGGUAUGAUGAUAUGGCCGGUGGAGGAGGAGGAGGAGGAGGCAGAAAACGUUCGCGAGGUCGCAGCUUCUGGGGUCCGGUCGGUGAAGCCGGUUUGCGCGAUUCGAUUCGGUCUGCUACCUCGCGGUCACCGGUUUCCCAUCACGAGUAUUCCCGUUCGCAUCGACCGAGUCUAUGGCGCCGAAUUUCGGAGAACAGAUCAGCGGCUAUUCGCUCCGGUGACUAUUACAUGUUCGAGGACACCGAGCAUGAGUUCGAGCUGGACCUGAUGCAGGCGCGGGAUUCCGACGAGGAGUCCGAUAAGAAGGAGCGUCGCCUAAGCCGUAAACAUCUAACCCUCGGAAAGUUGAUAGCGAAAAUCCGAGAGCAAAACGUACGGGACGCACAAACCGCCGGCGAAGAGCCAUCGCCGGAGUGCCCGAUCAGGGCGGCCAGACGCAGUUCGACAUCGGUUCUGCGGCGGGCCUCAUUCAUACGCGAUAGUGAACCUGCUGGAACGACAGACCGCACCGGGACCACGGCAACGGAUCGUUCCGCCAUUUCCGAACCAAUUCCACGCCAUACUCAUUUUGAACCGGCAACGUUUAAAGUUGAGGACGAAGAACCUGACGGUCAAAAACCGAGUACAAGCAAAGAUACCAAGCAGCAUGGCCAAAGUUCGCUGGAUGAGGAGGCUCGCCUUAUCAGUGACGACGACGAUGAAGAGGGUGACACGCAGCAUUCUGGCAAGGCGAAGAAGUCCAAGUUUUCGUUCUCUGGGUUGCAUCUGGUUACGGCAUUCCUGGCGGGAGCCCUAGGUUCUCUGACGCUACGCUUGCAUCGCGUAUCGCGAAGCUAUCGGUACGUGAUGAAGGUAUUGGCGAAGGAGAAGAAAAGCUUAAAGGAAACUCCUGGUUUUGGAGCUGGAAUGAGAACUGGUUCCAGUAUGGUGUGGACUCCUGUUCAGGGAUCUAUCAGAUCCGGAGGUAGUUCGCGCUCAGGUGCUAGCACUAGUAGUGGCAAGUCCAUUACUGGAACGCCGAUUCCCAGUAGAGUCGCUUUCUCCCGUAGUGUAAGCAACAGUAGAACAUCAUUGCGUUUAUCUACCGAUCCGCAACCACAUCAACAACAACAACAGCAACAAUCUUUAGCUCCUGCACCACCACCAACACAGCAACAAAUAUCAUCAAUUGGUUCAUCCAAAGCUGUCACUAUUGCAAGCAGCCAUGAACUGUCAUCCCCAGCCAUACACGCUGACCCGUACGGUCCAGCGGAAGAAGGCCGGCUCCACCAGGUGAGUGGACUCGGAGCUGCCCUAGCGAUGAUGGCCCGACGGGAUCACCAGGUGAAGGAAGACAAAUCGGUGGAUUCUGUCGAUACUAUCAACAAAUUUCCCGGAGAAGACGACAUUUCGGAAGAGGAUUUCGCGAGUCAGGAACAUACCGUAGUGGUGGAGUUUCUACAAGCAGCUUGGUACGCUGUACUGUCGCAUACAGACUUCAUCUGUUACUUCUUGGUGUUUUUAAAUCAAAUCAAAUCAUCAAGUCUCCUGUCGCUGCCUCUCCCGCUAAUGGUUACACUUUGGGGUACUUUAACCUUCCCUAGGCCAUCGAAAAACUUCUGGGUGACCCUCAUCGCUUACACACAAACGGUAGUCAUACUGAAAUGUAUCUGUCAGUUCGAAAUGCUUUGGUGGAAUCAGAAUCCGAUCCCUCCGAAUCAACCCUUCAGCCCGGCGAGGCUCAUCGGAAUCGAACAGAAGAAAGGUUAUGCGACGUACGAUCUGGCCUUGCUGCUGGUGUUGUUCUGUCACCGCUUCAUUCUGAAAUCGUUGGGCCUUUGGAAGUCUGAUUUUGUCGAAGAACCAGAUCUUGAGGAGGGUCUGUAUAAGAUGGACAUCAACGAUGAAAAAACCAAAGCUCUAAUCAGUGCCGCUGAGGAAGCAGAGAAACAACGCGAAACGUUCAUCAUCCGGCAGGACAUUGCCACCGAGUUGACCAUGGUUAAGGUGGAGGAGGGUGCCGAACGCCACGUGUCGGAUGACACGGGCAACGGAACCGCGCUGGUGUGCAUUACGCAUCACAGUGAAGACUCGGGCGAUUAUUUUCCGCAGAUUGUGAAGCAUUCGUUCCUAAAGUACACCGCCAAUGUGAAGGCUUUUUUCAGCCAGCUGUUGGAUCGGCAGUCCCGGAAGACGGCCGAUGUGUACGGUUAUCUCUUUUUGUGCGAUUUUAUUAACUUUUUUGUGAUUCUUUUCGGAUUUUCCGCCUUCGGAACCCAGGAAGGUGACGGUGGUGUGCUAUCCUAUUUUGAGGAGAACAAAGUGCCAAUGACCUUUUUGUUGAUGUUAAUAAUCCAGUUCUUCCUGAUCGUGGUUGACAGAGCACUCUACCUGCGAAAGUACAUUGUUGGAAAGAUUUUGUUUCAGUUUUUCCUCAUCAUUGGACUGCACAUAUGGAUGUUCUUUGUGCUGCCGGCGACAACUGAGCGAAGCUUCAACGCUACAAAUCCACCGGUUUACUACUAUCUCAUCAAAUGUUUCUAUCUGCUGUUUUCAGCCUAUCAAAUUCGUUGUGGGUAUCCGGCAAGAAUUUUGGGCAAUUUUGUUACCAAGGGUUUCACCAUGAUCAAUUUUACUGGGUUCAAACUUUUCAUGACAAUUCCGUUCCUGUUUGAGCUUCGUACGUUGAUGGAUUGGAUUUGGACCGAUACCUCCAUGACGCUGUUUGAUUGGCUAAAAAUGGAGGAUAUAUUCACGAACGUUUAUCAGCUGAAGUGUAUGCGUCAGUUGGAGGAAGAUUUACCAGCACCCCGUGGUCAGAAAAAGGGGUCACUCGUGAAAUAUUUGAUGGGCGGAGGUAUGAUGUUCGGCAUAAUUUUGCUAAUUUGGUUCCCGUUGGCUUUAUUCGCCUUCAGUAAUGCUGUUGGAGAGCCUAAUCUACCUUAUGACGUGUCUGUCUCCCUUCGCAUUGGUCCGUAUGAACCAGUGUACAUGAUGUCCGCCCAGGACAAUAACAUCCACGGCCUUAAUGAUCCACAAUGGGAGAAAUUCAUGCUGCCGUAUGCGAAAGAUAAAACAGCACUAACAUUCCUUUCGAAUUACGAACCGGUGGAUGUGGCGGCUGUCAAGCUGGGAGCGAAUUCUACCUCAAUUUGGAACAUUUCCCCACCGGAUAAGGCCCGGCUAUUGAAUGACCUGAAUACCACCGCAACACUGACGUGCCGCUUCCGAUACACCAUCAGCCGCAAGUCACAUUCCAAGGAAAAUCCCGGUACGGUGUCCGAGGAAAAAUCGUACGAGCUUGAACCGGAUGAUCCGGCCCGAGCGGCACUGGUGAAGAUGCUGUCCACCGACACCAACAUGACCGUCUCGUUGCCGUACAUGAUGCCAAAGUUUUUGAAGGUGAAAAAUAGUGGAACAGUGAGACCGAUUCAUCAGUUGAUUCCGGCUGCAGACACUGACGACAGCGAACGCAACUAUCGUAACAUAUCGUUGCGACUGUUCCAAACACACAUGAACAACACGAUCCCUCUGUUCUGGUGGGAGGUCAAAGAGAACUGCUCGGAUCCAACGUCUGCCAUGUUUAUCAACAUGCCAUACGCUGAUUGCUUUUCCCAUCUGGUGAUGUACAUGUUCAACGAUAAGAUCUUUCCGAGUACGAUCAGUUCCAUUGCUGCCGGCGGCAUCAUCGGUAUCUAUUCCACGUUGAUCCUGGUCUUUUCGCGAAUGCUGCGAACCAGCAUCUUUUCCGGCGCAAGCUCGAAAAUCAUGUUCGAGGAUUUGCCGUACGUGGAUCGUGUGUUGCAGCUUUGUUUGGACAUUUACCUGGUGCGAGAAUCGCUCGAAUUUACGCUAGAGGAAGACCUAUUCGCCAAACUGAUCUUCCUCUAUCGGUCACCGGAGACGAUGAUCAAAUGGACUAGGCCCAAAAAUGAGGAAGGGGACGAUGACAGCGAUUCCAUGAGUACUAGCUCAAAGUCGCGCAAAAAGAAUGACUAAGGUUUAAUCUAAUUUUACUCUCAAUUAUUGCCGGUGAUAUUACUUUGUAAGGAAUAAUUGCCUAUUUAUUGUACCACUGUUAGAUCAAGCGCAAUCACUGUUCUGUUUUAAACAUGAACCCACUGGUAUAGUUAGUUAGCUUAUGUUAUUAAUUUUGGAUAUUUUGUUGAGUUAUAGAUUGAUUGUAAGAUUGAAUUAAAAUAUUUUGAUUAUGAAAUUCAAAUGAUGUAAAUAAUCUUAGAACACAUUCUAGUGCGUAUAGCCUCUCGAAAAGUUAGGGUGAACAUGAAAUUUUUUUCGCGUCAUAAAUCUAGUCUCUCAUUGAAAAACUAAAAAAACUGUGGCGAAUUGGUAGAAAAAAAUUGACAUUCGUUGCGCAUAUCCAAUUUUCAGCUUCGGUGCGACGACCGAGCAGUCAUUUAAAAAAUCAAACUCGUGCACGAUUCGGAAACGAUAUACCUUUGAGAAAAAAAAAUCCGAUAAAAAAUUUAUAGCAAUCUAUUUUUGUAGUUUAAGUGAAAUACAAUUUGUAAACGAUCUGAGAA